AGACGUUAGAAGGAAAAAAGUAGAAAAAGAAAAAAUCACUAGUCACAUGAACAUUGCAAGGAAGUGUGCGUUACAUAUAGAAGGAAACAGAAAUGUCAAAUAUAUAGCAAAACGUGAGCCAAUAAAAUAUCAUUUUGGUCAGCGAUUUUCGGCGAUGAUGCCUACACGCGCUUCAACUUUUGCAAUUGCAAGUUGUGCCGUCUCACAUUGUUGUCAUUGCUUCCGUUCCCAGUUUUUUUUAUUCGAAGCUGACUUUAAGGAAUUAAAGUGAAACAGCUAUAGGCUUCCUCGUUUUCUCUAAUGGCGACCACUGUUGUUGAAGGAUGAACAAGAAACCCAAGACUUGGAGCUCCGUAUCACUAAAUAUGAACCAGAAAAGAAAGUGCUCGUCUCUUCGUCGCUUGUUCACUUUCGUCUUCUUGCUAGCCUUAGUUUUCCUUAUAGGGAAUGCGUUUAUUACUGUAGACUACAAACAAGGCAGUAUCCCGGGAUGGAGUUCGAUAAUUAGACUAAAUCUUGGAAAACUCAAAAUGUGCAAGACACAACUGAGGCCUCUUGGAAGCGAGACGCUACCAAGAGGCAUUGUUGCAAGUACAUCUGACUUGGAAAUGCGACCGCUAUGGGGCGCAAAGCGCAAUAAGAACCCAAAACAGAACUUAUUGGCUAUGGCAAUCGGAAUAAAACAAAAGGAAAGUGUCGACAAGAUUAUCAAGAAGUUCUCAUCAAGUGAGUUUGCUAUUAUGCUGUUCCAUUAUGAUGGCACCGUAGAUGAAUGGAAGGAGUAUGAGUGGAGUGAAACUGCUAUUCAUGUUUCUGUUGUAAACCAAACCAAGUGGUGGUUUGCAAAGCGUUUCCUACACCCGGAUAUUGUCUCAGCAUAUUCUUACAUAUUUCUAUGGGAUGAAGAUCUCGGUGUUGACCAUUUUGAUGCUAAACGGUAUGUUUCAAUAAUUAGAGAAGAAGGGCUUGAAAUAUCACAACCAGCUCUUGAUCCUAAUUUAUCCGAAGUGCAUCAUCAACUUACUUCACGAGACAGCAAAUCGAGAGUACAUAGGAGAACAUACAAAGUCAUUGGUAAAGCUAGGUGCAACGAGAAUAGCACUGGACCUCCUUGCACGGGAUUUGUCGAAAUGAUGGCUCCUGUGUUCUCCAGAGCAGCCUGGAGGUGUGCUUGGCAUAUGAUUCAGAAUGACUUAAACCAUGGAUGGGGUAUAGACUUUCAGCUUGGAUAUUGCGCACAGGGUGAUCGAACAAAAAACAUCGGCAUUGUUGAUUCCGAGUAUAUACUUCAUCUUGGUCUUCCUACUUUAGGAGGUUCGGAUGCAAAUAAGAUGGAUUCGGAACAAAUUGAUAAGACCAAGACUGAGGAUAGUUCAGACAAAUCUAAACCAUCAUCAACUUCUCAAAUGUCAUCUGCUAGAUCUGAGGUUCGGAAGCAGACUUACGCCGAACUGGAGACAUUUAAACACAGAUGGAGAAAUGCUGUCAAGAACGAUGAGUGCUGGAUAGACCGAUUCCAACAAUAGAGGAUUUUCUUGUUUUGGACAAAAUUACACAAUUCAUAGAAAAGCAGACGACACUGAAAGAUGACAGCUAACGAUGCUGUUAAACAAUUAAUGGAGGUAUACAUAUAAUUUACUAUUGUGUUCAAAAAAAGAAAAAAGAAAAUUACAUAUAAUUUACCAAUACCGGAGAGUCUUUGGUGGUUCUUCCAUCUCUCAGUUUAUAGAGCCUCAAAGUUUGUACAACAAAAAUCUUACUAAUGACUUUAUAUAUGUACCAUUGAGAUACACAAGGUUGUGAAAUAAAACUUUUUGAGUUUUUUUUUUAUU